AUGCAAUUAUCUUUGAGUGUAUUGACCACCAUUGCAACCGCCUUGGUUGCAUUCUCCUCCCCUGCCGAUGCCAAAGUCCACACCGUGGAGUUGGGCAAAGUCCCAGUCCUGGACACCUUGAACUCCAACAUUUUCUCGGAAUACACCUCCGGCUUGGCUCAGAAGUAUAUGAACGUGUACAACUUGGGCUCCGGAAACCCAGGAGUUCAACACGGCCAAAAGCCGCUUGCCGAGGUCCCAUUUGUGGCCCAGGGUGAGCACGAACUCCCAUUGGACAACUACUUGAACGCCCAGUACUUCACCGAAGUCCAGAUUGGUACUCCAGGUCAGCCCUUCAAGAUCUUGUUGGACACCGGCUCCUCCAACUUGUGGGUUCCCUCUGGUGACUGCUCCUCGUUGGCCUGUUUCUUGCACACCAAGUACGACCACGACUCCUCCAGCACCUACAAGGCCAACGGUACUGAAUUCGCCAUCCAAUACGGGCUGGGCUCCAUGGAGGGCUACGUCUCUCAAGACACCUUGGCUCUCGGUGACUUGGUGAUCCCCAAGCAGGACUUUGCUGAAGCUACCAGCGAACCAGGCUUGGCUUUCGCCUUCGCUAAGUUUGACGGUGUUUUGGGUUUGGCCUACGACACCAUUUCCGUGGACAAGAUUGUUCCUCCUAUCUACAACGCCAUCAACCAAGGUUUGUUGGACGAACCUCAAUUUGCCUUUGCUUUGGGUGACAACUCCAGAGAUGAGUCCUUCGGAGGUGUCGCAACCUUCGGUGGUUACGACAAGUCCAAGUUCACUGGCGACAUCACCUGGUUGCCUGUCAGAAGAAAGGCCUACUGGGAAGUUUCUUUCGAAGGUAUUGGUUUGGGUGACGAAUACACCGAAUUGUUCAAGACUGGUGCCGCUAUCGACACUGGUACUUCCUUGAUCACCCUUCCAUCCUCUUUGGCCGAGAUUAUCAACGCUAAGAUUGGUGCCACCAAGUCGUGGUCCGGUCAAUACCAAGUGGACUGUGCCACUAGAGACUCCUUGCCAGACUUGACCAUGAACUUUGGUGGUCACAACUUCACCUUGACUGCCUACGACUACACCUUGGAAGUCAGUGGAUCGUGUAUUUCUGCAUUCACUCCAAUGGACUUCCCUGCCCCAAUCGGUGACUUAUCGAUUGUUGGUGAUGCCUUCUUGAGAAGAUACUACUCCAUCUAUGACUUGAAGAAGAAUGCUGUUGGUUUGGCCAAGUCCAAGUAA